CUCAGCACCCGGAGAGAAGAAGGGAAACAAGAAGAAGACCAAGAAGCAGCAGCAGCAGCUAGCCAAAGCAAGAUACUUCACCAAGAUGGAGCACGCCAAGGAGAAGAUGAAGGACAGCGCGAGCGCGGCCAAGGCGAAGUCGACCAUCACGAAGGCCAAGGUGGCGGAGAAGGCCGAGGCGGCGACGGCGAGGUCGCACGACGAGCGCGAGCUGGCGCACGAGCGCGGCGCCGCCAAGGUCGCCGCCGCCGAGGCGCAGCUGCACCAGGACAAGGCCGCGCACCGCGAGGACGCCAUGUCGCACCACAUCCACAAGCACGGCGGCCACAAGCACGGCCAUAGCCACUGAUAUGAUGCGCAGGCUCGGCGCUUGCCUGCACGUGCGUACGUCGUGUGUGCUCUGGCUAGCGGCUAGCCUGUCAUGCAUCCAUGUGAUGUGAUUUUCGCUGUUCUUUUCACUACCGUACGUGUACGUGCGCGUGACGUUCGUGUUUCUGUUGUGUCGAUUUCGCACGUACGUACGUCGGGCUUAAUUAUCUCGGAGAUUAAAGACAAGAGCUAGCUGCUUC